GUUUUCGCUCAUAAAAAAAUAUUCCCGUCGGAGAGACAGCAGCAGUAGCAGAGCAGCAGCAGUGAACUUCUUCGAUAUAAUCGUCAAUUACAAGCAAAGGAUUAGUGAUUUACUGUGAAAAAUACCACUUCAAAGGAUAAUUCCUUUCGGACAUCGGCCUUCCUACUGGACAACGGCUCGCGAUCCGUUGGAAAAUGUCCCGUUUCGUCAGCCAAUAAUUGCCCCUCAGAUUGCUGCAUCGAAAAUCAUCAUCGCCGUGGUGCACAAUGUUGAGUGGGAUCAUGUUACCCAGGAACUUAUGACGGAAAUACAACUGAUAUUUUAGCUUACAUAACCGCAUAGCGCCAUAUUUGCGACAAAUAAACGAUGAAUACCCAUACACUUGGAAGCGAUUCUAGCUGCUGCGGACGGCAGUCGGGCAAUAGAAGCGAUCAUGCUCUUUCCUAUGACAAAGAAUGCUCAAUAAAAACCAAUACGUGGAGCUUGGGCAAAGGAUCCCAACAGUUACUGUGGAGCCUUUCCAGUAAAAGUAACGUAUCGACAAUGCAGCGGAAUUCCAGCACUUUGCACAAACGAUUGUCCAGUUCCCACAACUCAUUAAGCGAUUCGGCAACCAAAAAGGUUGACGACUCGAUAUUCAUUACCCAAGCUAUGUCACACGACGCCCUAGAUGACAACAAAAUAUUAGAUUUUUACAAUGUUCCUCUCGACUCGGAUAUAUACUCUGCACCCAUAGACUACAUAACAAACCAGUAUACCAUUGAUUCAGUAUUACACAAAUCGAAGUCUAGUAAGCCAGUCCCAUUUCAGAAGAACGAGUUUAAUUUAAAAAGACGGCAAAUUCCAGCACUACAGGAAGCCAACAACAGGAAGCAAGUUAUUAGCAAGAAAACGCAGUCAUCGUACGCAGCACCGGAACAUGAACGAGCAGAACAGAAAAGGCGCACAAUAUCCAACAAAGUUAGCGAGUGCAACAGCAAAAAGAAUCACUUUUCGUUCAACCUGAAGCAAAAGUUAUGCAAUAUUUUCCGCAUCAGCAAACAUCAGCAAUAUUUAAGGGGCAAAAAAUCGUUUCUCGAUGGUCAUCCCAAGCAAAAUGGUUGCGGCACCAAGUCUAAAUCGAUAGAUGAUUACUAUAAAAAGUCCAGUGUGUCAACGCGUAAACUACCCCCACUGCCUAUGUCAGCGGAAAAAGCAACACUACCAAACGGUGUUUCAUUGGAAGAAACAAAGGAAUCGAACGAAACACACAAACAGGAUGAGGCUGCGCAUAUCAUGGAUUUCACAGCGAGUAUCGAUAAAGUGAAAGAUUGUGGCUGGUACUGGGGUCCCAUAUCCUCGGAAGGAGCAGAAAAGAUCCUUUCAAAUGAACCGGAUGGGAGUUUUCUAGUGCGGGAUAGUUCCGAUGAUCACUAUAUAUUUUCCCUCACGUUUAAGCUGAACGGAUCUGUGCGCCACGUCAGAAUAGAUCAAGAUCAAGGUGCAUUUUCAUUCGGGUCGUGUGCCAAGUUUAAAUCUCGAACUAUAAUGGAAUUCAUCGAGAAUGCUGUAGAGCAUUCCAGAAGUGGUAGAUAUUUGUUUUUUCUCCAUAGACGCCCAGAACAUGGUCCUUUACGCGUGCAAUUGACAAAACCGGUGUCCAGAUUCAAACACGUACAAAGUUUGCAACAUCUUUGCAGGUUCGUCAUUCACAAAACGAUAAUAAGAAAAGAUCUUAUUCAGACACUACCAUUACCACGGAGAUUGCUAGACUACCUUAAUUAUAAGAAUUGCCUUUCGGAAAGAGUUGAAGUGGACAUGACUUCUCAUUUCGGACAAUGCGUAGGUGAUUUUUAAACUGUAUAUUAUUAUUACAAUUAUUAUUAUUAUUACUAUUAUUUAUAUGGAACAGUAAAUGUGAAUACUAGCAAUCCUAUGCAGCGUAAUCAUGUGUUUGUAAAAUUUAGUCAAAACCGAUCGAUAGAAUUGUGAUUUUUUAAUGGGCGAAUGAAGUAUAAUAAAAUUAUACUUUACACGAA